CCGGAAGUGAUAUUGACAGCUAGGGUAGCAGACGACAAAAGGUCAAUUGUAAAGAAAAAGGCGUUUUGUUAGACCGUGUUACAUUUUUGUCGAACUGCUCGUACCUUGCAAUUGUGCAUGUUACGCUAGAUAACAAUUAGCUCAAGCAAUGGAGGACAAACAUGUUAAACUCGGCGAGACGAUUUGGAAUUACAUGUCUAUGGGUCAUGAGCUGGAAAAGAGUGAUGUGAUCCUGGCGUUUGGCAGCCAUGACAGGCGUGUGGCGGAGUAUGCAGCUGAGCUGUGGCACCAGAGAUGGGCGCCGUGGCUGGUCUUCUCAGGGGGGCUGGGGAAUCUUACAGAAGGUGUUUGGGACCGCCCAGAAGCAGACAUCUUCCAUGACAUUGCUGUGGCAGCAGGUGUUCCAUCUGACAGAAUCCUGGUGGAGAACAAGGCGUCCAACUCAGGACAAAAUGUGCUCCUGUCUUACAAACUCCUACAGGAGCACAACAUCCCCACCAGAAGCAUCAUCCUUGUUCAGAAGCCUUACAUGGAACGGAGGGCUUAUGCAACCUUUAUGAAACAAUGGCCAGGAAACAUUGAAGAGACGUCCCUGUAUGUUACCUCACCGAGAAUCAGUUUUCAAGACUAUGCAAAUGAUGAGGUGGGCCAGAUGAAGAACACUGUUGAGAUAAUGUUGAGUGAUCUGUACAGGGUCCGAACCUACCCAGAAAAGGGUUUCCAGAUACACCAAGAAAUACCUCCUAAGGUUUGGGAAGCAUACGAGAAACUAAUGGAAGCAGGAUAUAAAUGGAAAUACUAGAUCAUGAAAAAGUUUGCAAUUGAUCAUUUCAUGUAGCCAAUACCUUGCCAGUCUACCUAUGUUGUUUAUCAAGACUCUAACGUUAAGUAUUCAAAGAGCAAAAGAAGUUGUGCGUUGACUUUGCUUCCUUCAGAUUGGAGAGGUAUACCUUCACUUCUAAUUUGACGUGCGAGUGGAAAAAUAUAUGCUAACAGGAAGACAAGACUAGAAAAUCAUUUCUUUAUUCAAAAAUGUUUACGCUGUGAAAUACUACCUGCAUUUUACAACAUGAAAACAGUCCUCCUGCCAACUAGUCAGCAUAGCAGCACUUACACUUGUGUAUAUUCUUUCCUUGCCUCUUUCUUAAACAAAGAGAUAGUUAAAUGGUCAAUGGUAAGUUGUGCUCAUCUUACAUCAGAAGCAGAUUUGACAAUGCGAUGACCUCAUAUAGUUUUGUCAGAACCUCAAAACUUCGAAGGAAGUUUGUAGCCUAAAGUCUGUCUAACACUGUAUGAGAAUUUGAGUUGAGUCAAUUGUGAAUUUGAAAAGCACAAUGGUUGAGUAACAAAAUACACUAAAGCAUUCCGGAGUCUGUCUAACACAUAAACAUACUGUAUGAGAAUUUGAGUUGAGUCAAAUGUUUUAAGCACUGUGAAUUUGAAAGCACAAUGAUUGAGUAACAAAAUACACUUAUGCAUUCCAGACAUCUUGCGAUGUUUUUUUGUCUGGCAAGUAGUUUCCUUUCAAAGCCUAAUAUUACUAAGGUUAUGUCUUACUUUACUUUACUUUACUUUACUUUGAGAACAGCAAUAUAUUUUCAAUAUCUAAUAAUCUAGGCCUACAGGGAUUCUGACAUUGGUGCCUAUGACAAGCAAAAUUGCAAUCAUAUAUGCAAGUAAAUGUUCACAAAAAGCUGGGAAGAUAGCACCAAGUACAUAGUAUCAAGGAAGGAUGGUGCACAACUUAAAACUUGAAAUGGAACAAGGAACAAAACAUGACUAAAGGGAACAGUUAAGAGUUUGAAUUAUUGUAUAGGGGGUCUCACUAACAGACAGCAGUGCUAGGUGUGUAUAACACUUGUUCUGGCAUACACAUCUACAUUGUACAUGUAGUUAUGUCAAAAUCACAGCCCUUAAAGAGUUCAAUGCUACAACACAUAAGAAAACAAGCUGACAACUUGAGCACUUAAUGGUAAAGUCUUAGAGGUCCAUGUGGUCAUGUUUCCAUUAUCAAACAACUGCCAAACUCCUCAACAUCAAAACUUUUCCCUCCAUUUGUGAAGAAAUUUUCACAAAAUGCAUUGUUGAUGGGAGCCCAGCCCUUGACCACCAUUGGUUAUGGAUUAUCAAGAAUUUCAUAAAAGUAGUGCUGGUACAGCAAAUCUGGGCACUUAAAAGCCAAUUGAUCUGCAAUCCUGGCCAUC